UAGGAAACUUUUCAACAAGUACAAAUACCCCCACCCACCGUCUUUCAUCUGCGCUUCUCAUUCUUUUUCUUCUCUGUCUUUCCUCAAAGAAGAAGAAGAUCAUCAAGAUGGCCCACCAUGCAGAAUCAUCAGACUCGAAGAAGAAGGAUUUCAGCACGGCCAUCCUUGAGAGGAAGAAGGCUCCGAAUCGUCUGGUCGUUGAUGAGGCGACCAACGACGACAAUUCCGUCGUAGCCAUCCAUCCCGACACCAUGGAGAAGCUCCAGCUCUUCCGUGGCGAUACCAUCCUCAUCAAGGGUAAGAAAAGGAAGGAUACGAUCUGCAUUGCUCUUGCGGAUGAUACAUGUGAUGAGCCUAAGAUCCGGAUGAAUAAGGUGGUAAGGUCGAACCUUAGGGUUAGGCUUGGCGAUGUGGUUUCUGUCCACCAGUGUCCAGAUGUAAAGUAUGGACACCGGGUGCAUAUACUGCCGGUGGAUGAUACCAUCGAAGGCAUCACCGGGAACCUGUUUGACGCGUUUUUGAAACCUUAUUUCCUGGAGGCAUAUCGGCCAGUAAGGAAAGGAGAUUUCUUCCUUGUUAGAGGUGGUAUGAGGAGUGUAGAAUUCAAGGUAAUAGAGACCGACCCUGCAGAGUACUGUGUGGUUUCUCCAGAUACUGAGAUCUUUUGUGAGGGGGAGCCUGUCCGAAGGGAGGAUGAAGACAGAUUGGAUGAAGUGGGUUAUGAUGAUGUUGGUGGGGUGAGGAAACAGAUGGCCCAGAUCCGAGAGCUAGUUGAGCUCCCACUCAGGCAUCCUCAGCUUUUCAAAUCAAUUGGUGUAAAACCUCCAAAGGGCAUUUUGCUGUAUGGCCCCCCUGGUUCUGGGAAAACAUUAAUAGCCAGGGCUGUUGCUAAUGAAACCGGUGCUUUCUUCUUCUGUAUCAAUGGGCCAGAGAUUAUGUCCAAACUAGCAGGGGAGAGUGAAAGCAACCUCAGAAAGGCUUUCGAAGAAGCAGAGAAGAAUGCUCCAUCGAUUAUAUUCAUUGACGAGAUCGACUCCAUAGCACCUAAGCGAGAGAAGACGAAUGGAGAAGUUGAAAGGCGGAUUGUAUCUCAACUUUUGACUUUGAUGGACGGAUUAAAGUCACGUGCCCAUGUUAUUGUUAUUGGGGCUACUAACCGGCCAAACAGCAUAGACCCAGCUCUGAGAAGGUUUGGGAGAUUUGAUAGAGAAAUUGACAUUGGGGUUCCGGAUGAAGUUGGACGGCUUGAGGUCCUCCGCAUUCACACGAAGAACAUGAAACUCUCAGAAGAUGUGGAUCUAGAACGAAUUGCAAAGGACACUCAUGGCUAUGUUGGUGCCGAUCUUGCUGCUUUGUGCACAGAGGCUGCCCUUCAAUGCAUCAGAGAGAAGAUGGAUGUCAUUGACUUGGAAGAUGAAUCCAUUGAUGCAGAGAUACUGAACUCCAUGGCUGUUACUGAUGAGCACUUCAAGACUGCUCUGGGAACGAGCAAUCCAUCUGCUCUACGUGAAACUGUUGUCGAAGUACCCAAUGUCAGCUGGGAAGAUAUUGGAGGCCUUGAAAAUGUCAAGAGGGAGCUUCAGGAGACUGUUCAGUAUCCUGUGGAGCAUCCAGAAAAGUUUGAGAAGUUUGGCAUGUCUCCCUCGAAAGGAGUACUUUUCUAUGGCCCCCCUGGCUGUGGGAAGACCCUUCUAGCCAAGGCGAUUGCCAAUGAAUGCCAAGCGAACUUCAUCAGUAUCAAGGGUCCUGAAUUGCUCACGAUGUGGUUUGGGGAGAGUGAAGCCAACGUGCGUGAAAUCUUUGAUAAGGCUCGCCAAUCCGCACCUUGCGUCCUCUUUUUCGAUGAACUCGACUCAAUUGCAACUCAGAGAGGCAGCAGUUCGGGAGAUGCUGGUGGUGCUGCCGAUAGGGUUCUGAAUCAGCUCCUGACUGAAAUGGAUGGGAUGUCUGCAAAGAAGACGGUUUUCAUUAUCGGUGCCACCAACAGGCCUGAUAUAAUUGAUCCUGCACUGCUGAGACCAGGCCGUCUUGAUCAACUGAUUUACAUUCCUCUACCGGAUGAGAGCUCUCGCCAUCAGAUAUUCAAAGCCUGCCUGAGAAAAUCUCCUAUCUCAAAAGAUGUUGACCUGAGAGCUCUAGCCAAGUACACUCAGGGCUUCAGUGGUGCUGAUAUUACGGAGAUCUGCCAGCGUGCUUGCAAGUAUGCCAUACGUGAAAACAUCGAGAAGGACAUAGAAAGGGAGAAAAGAAUGAAGGAUGCUCCCGAGGCUAUGGAAGAGGACUCCAAUGAAGAAGUGGCCGAGAUCAAGGCAGGCCACUUUGAGGAAUCUAUGAAGUUUGCACGCAGGAGUGUUAGUGAUGCUGACAUCCGCAAGUAUCAGGCGUUUGCACAAAACCUACAACAGUCUAGGGGUUUUGGGAGCGAGUUUCGGUUCCCGGAGAGGUCGGAGGCGGGAGCGGGAGCUGUGGGGUCUGACCCAUUUGCAGCCUCUGCUGGAGCUGAUGAUGACGAUCUAUACAGUUAAGUUAAUGCUGUUUGAUGUUUCGAUAUACAUUCCCUGUCAAAUUGAUGGGUGAAACUUAUAAUUUGAUUAUUUGCUCAAAUGCUUAUCUGCUCUGUUGGCUUAAAUUCAUCCUUAGGAAAUUAAAAUGUGUUCAUUCCACUCAAAACAGUAGUAUUGAGAAAAUUGUGGAAAUCAUAUUAGUUUCUUGGCUGCAUUGACUUCAAAUGAUUGAAAAUUAUUCUUCUUUCCCAA